AUGUAUCUACCACGGUGCGCCCAAGCUCUGUUGGCAGCCGGCCUGCUGCUCACCACCCCGGUCGGCUCCGUCAACGUAGACAAAGACGGUACAUGGGUGGUUGGAAUCAUCGAUGGCGACAAAUGGCAAGUCAGAGACGACAGACAGCCAUCUCUCUACACUGCCGACUAUGGCGACUGCCUAGGCAAGAGCGCCAUCAACGUUACACGGUUCGACGCAGCCUACUACAAAGACAACAUGACCAUCAUCUUUCACCUGGAAGGCGAGACUGGGCUCCGAAGAGAAGACAUUAUGAUGAAUAUCGGCGUUUAUGCGUACGGCGAGAGUCGAUUCGACCUGACCUUCAACCCUUGCGACGCCAACAUACUCAGCGCUUGCCCCGUCAAAGCCGGCGUUCCCAUCGAGGCGGCGGGCAUCAUACCGAUCAAUCAAGACGACGUCGCAGGGAUCCCAGAGAUUGCGUUGAGCAUUCCCGACUUCGAAGGCCAGGCCAUCCUGCGACUGUUCUCCAACUCCACACAGAACGAGGCCGUCGUUUCCUCUUUUGCUACAGCCGCCUACGGAUCCAACGUCCUCGAGAUGCGCAAGCAUUACGCCCAUUCGCUGUCAGUGUCUGUGGUCUUCGCGGUAUGGCACCACAUCUUCUAUAGCGGAGCGCUCUCGGUGAACUGGCCAAGCGUCCUCGUGGCCUUCUGGAGCAACUAUGCCUGGGCUGGGGGUAUGAUCUACUCUGAGUCAAUGCAGAACACGAUCAACGAUUUCAUCGGCUCGAACAAAGGGAAUACAUCGCAAGUCGGUGCCGCAGGUACGGGCGAGAGUAAUCCUCAUCUUGGAGGAGGGGUCGACAUUCACCAGAUAUACAAACGAGGCGUUCUUCCUCAGGGUCUGAAUCUCCAAGCUGCCUUAGCAAAGCGCCGUCUCAUCGACGCGAGCACUGGAUUCAAAUAUUACGGGUUGCCUGUAAAGCCUGGACUGCCACUUCCGGGCAACUAUUCUGGAUUCGCUGGUACCCUUGCGACGGAACACAUCCCAGCCAGCAACGCCUUCAUGACUGGACUGCUCUGGUUCUUAAUCUUGAUCGCAUGCGGUGUUGUCUCUGUACUCUCCCUGAAAGUUGUCCUCGAAGGCUUCAGUAGCAUACGCAUUGUCAAAAAGGACCGCCUGGCCUUUUUCCGAACCCAUUAUCUUGCCUUCGCUCUAUCGACUGUCCUGCGAACAAUCUUCAUUGGGUUUUACAUGUUGACGUUCCUAGCCAUGUUUCAGUUCUCCUACCUAGCUCUUUCAGGUCCUGUCGCGGUCGCAUGUGCAGCCUUCUUCGCCGUAGUGUUCGGUAUAGGCAGUAUCGCCGCCUACGCUUGUUUUUCUAGACUUCGGAUCGGAAGGUAUGCAUCUGAGCCCGACCGGCUGAACAUAGCCAAGCGACGACUACUCAAGAUCAUUCCGUGGUUCAGUAUUUCCAGGAAUAGCAAGGCUCCACGCUCCGAGGACGAGAUGUACAUCGCUUCAAUUCCUUGGUGGACGAUACACGCCACGGCGGAUACCGCAUCAAUCCAUGAUGACGAGCAGUACACAACGAAGUUUGGUUGGCUGGCCUCCCGCUACAGGAGGACUCGUUGGUGGUUCUUUGUAGUCUGGCUGUUCUACGAAUUCAUUCGAGCAUGCUUCCUUGCUGGCGCAUCGACUCAGCCCUUGGUUCAGGUCUUCGGUCUCCUAGCCGUUGAGAUUGUUGCCUUCGUCGCCUUCAUCAUUCUCCGACCCUUCGAAGGACAGCGCCUGAACGUUUUGGUCGUGUAUCUUCUCGGCUUUAGCAAGAUUACUACUACAGGUCUUUCGGCAGCCUUUGAUACACGGUUUGGUAUCGCUCGUAUCCCUACAACCGUUAUUGGCAUCAUCAUAAUCGUCAUUCAAGGUCUCUUGACGGUGGCCGUGAUGGUUUUGAUCCUGAUCGGCGCUGUCUCAAGCUACCUGUCCAUCUUGCGGGACCGCGAACGGAUGGCGCCGUUGAGCUGGAACCCGAUACGUGAGAAGCACUUUGCACAUAUCGAUUGUGCAGUUCAAGAUAUUCCGCGACCACGUGCGAUUUCGAUCAACUCGAUGCCAGAGUUGCCCAAGACACCGUACUUUGAAGUGCGACAUGUGAAGCGGAUAGCCAAGGUUGAGGACGAGGAUGACGAGUUCAUGCGAGAGAUGGACAGCGAUCAUGCGACACCGGCCCGCCCAACGGCACAGGAGUGCAACUCUCCAGUCGCAAGCAUCUUACUCAAGUCUACCCAAGGCGGCUCGCCUGCAUCGCCCCUACUGGAGCAGACACGGGUACAGCGAUUCGAUGAGUCCGGGCCGCCACAGGGCUUUGAGCGAAGCUCAUAUGAAGACUCCCAAGCAAAGUCAUGA